AUGGCAGAGGAAGGUGACUAUAACGCCCUUGCUGACCGGGCGAUAAGUACAGUGGUCUUUGAAGGCGUGAUUUUCUCACUCAUGUUUCUAACAGCUUUGGCCGGAAAUAUCCUCGUUUGCCUUGCUUUCAUCAACAAUUCCACUCUUCGUCGCAGCCUCAAUAACUACUUCAUUGUAUCUCUCGCAGUCUCUGACAUCCUAAUGGCAGUGCUUGUUGAACCUCUAACUUUUAGCGCCCUCGUCACUGGCAAGUGGCCAUUUAGUGAUGCAGCUUGCCAAUAUCAUGGCGUUGCCAUAUUCAUCUUAGGCGUUGUUUCCUUGCAAACCUUUAUGCUUAUCUCUGUAAAUCGCUACGUCAAGAUGGUCAAGUCCAAUAUCUUAUACAAGAAAGUCUUCAAGAAGAAUACAGUUCUUUUGAUGAUUAUUUUUUCUUGGAUAAUUGCCAGCAUAUCUCUUCCAAUAUUCUUACUUACUGGAAAUCGCUUCGCUUUCAACUCUAACAGAAGCAUUUGUUAUCCCGUCUCAAGCCUAACUGGUCGUGUUUUUCUCCACUGCACGUACGCUCUUUUCAUUGUGAUUCCACACUGCAUCAUGUUUUUCUGUUACUUCAAGGUGUUUAGAAAAAUCCAUGACCACAAUGCUCAAAUUGCCAAUUCUGUUGCAAGUGGCAACAGUGAGAUCGCUUCGCAAAGUUACGCACGCGAAGUUCGCGUAACGAGAAUGCUCUUCGUGACAAUGGUGGCAUUUCACUUGUGCUGGAUACCCCUGUAUGCGUUGGAGCUGGCUGUUUUGAUUCGCAAUGAUCUGGACGCACCAAGAGCAGUCUACAUUACAACCACGUUUACAGUGUCGGCAAGCUCUUCUAUUAACCUAAUUAUUUACGCAGUGAUGACAAAGGACUUUCGAGACACGUUUAAAAGGAUCCUAUUCUGCAGUUACUAG